AUGAUCUCCAAAAUAGUGUCCAAGCUCCGCAAGAACAAUUCAGUCAAGGAGCCGAGGGAGUUUGCGGGGCCGAAUCUGGUUGAUCGGCUCCAGAAAGCCAACGCAGAUCUUGCGAUGCAGCUAGACCAGGCAAAUCAAGAAAUCCAGACACUUCGCACCAGACUAGCAGACCUAGGCUGUCUUCUCACUCAUGCAGAAGUGCAAAGGGCCCACGUGAGUGAAUUGAAUUCCAUUUCCUGGCGCAAAGCCCACUUAAGAGUCGCGGGCAACGCAGGCCCUUUGUCGAAAUCAGACACGGCAAAGCAGCACUUGACGUGGAUUGACAACAUCUGGAUCUGUACAGACUUGCAUUAUUUGCAACAGGCCGAGCAGUCGUGGAAGGACGGCGAUGUGGACGCUGCACUUGGUCACCUGCAAACUUCGAUCGCGCGCAACCCGUUUCUCUCGGUCGCAGAAUCCAAUCAUUCCCGAGUUAUAAUUGCCGCUCUGCUUUACGCAAAGGGUGAGUAUGAGCGAUCUCUCGGCCAACUCAGCGAUGUUUUAAAGCUUGCAUUAUCAUGUGAACAACAGCAGGAGUCCGUCUCGACCGAAAUCACUAGUCUCGCCCACUUUGUCGAAGGCAUGAAUCUUGUGGAGCUGGGAAGCAAUGAACAAGCCUACUGGUCAUACUCACAGUCAUUGCAGCUGCCCGGAUAUUCUGAUCAGGCGCGGAAGUGCCAGAUUCGCCUCGUUGAAGAGUUUACUCGUCAACAGACUGAAGACGAUAGUACAUUGGACAAUCUGUCAUUACGUCCGGUUAUCAGCUCAGAUCAAAUGCGACCGGUCGCGAUGAUAGUUCACGAGCGAGCGGCCUAA